AUAUAAAUCAGGUGCCAGGCAAUGCACUAGCAUUCUGAAUAGACUGGCCGAGAUUGCCAGGGCGUUUUCUGCAGCCCUGACCGGCAAGCUGGGGGUCGGAGCUCCGUGUGCCUGCCUUAGACAACAUGACUUUCCCGGCAGCACAGCCCAGCUCAGUGAGAGCAAGUGUCCUCCUGGCGGGCCUGUUCCUGGUCACUGUGUUAAACUGCGCUGGGCUGGUUUAUCUCUUCGUGCAGUGCAGUGGCCUGAGGUCUCAGCAAGCAGCACUGGGCAGCCGCCUGGAGGAACUAACUGAGAGCUGGCCCAUGGAACUCAUCUCCCGCCUGAGUCAGGAGGAGUCCGGCUGGACUGAGCAGAGGAACCGCAAUAAGAGAAGCCACCAGCAAUCCAAGAGCCUUGAGGAGACCGAGGACAGUGUCAUGAUGAUGACUUAUUCAAGGAUCCCGAUUCGAAUUUUUAUGGAUUUGUGCAACAGCACAAGGGGAAUAUGCUUAACAGGCCCACAAGGACCUGCUGGACCACCAGGCCUUCCAGGUUUAGAUGGACUGCCAGGAGUUAAUGGCUCAGAUGGACCUACUGGGCUUCCAGGACCACCUGGAAAGGAAGGCAAACGGGCUCGGAAAGCUGCGCCUGGACCAAAAGGGGAACCUGGAGAUGUGGGACCGAAAGGUGAGAAAGGUGACCCGGGGCCUCCUGGUUCAGAUGGGUUACCAGGUGCCAAGGGUGAGCGGGGACCGAAAGGUGAAAGAGGAGAGCCUUAUAACGAGAUCAUUUUAGAAGGUCAGAGAGGCCCUCCCGGACCCCCAGGGCCAGCAGGACCUCCAGGUCCUGUAGGACCUCCUGGCCCACCAGGUUCCAAAGGAAGGUCUCGCCAUCAGCAGAACACAGUCAGUCACGAUGAAGCUCACGCUGCACCAAGAGAUGACACGUUAAUCAGACGGAUGUCGGCACAAAAAGCACUCAGCACCAUUUCGAUGAAACCUGGACGCAUCAUAAAAUCCGUGGAUGCCCCUUACAAUGUGACAAGGAUUGAAAACACAUUUGGAGCAUGGAUGAAGGACCCUGCAUCGAAGGACAAUGGAAAAAUUUGGAUUGUGGAGCACUUUUCAGGAUUGACAGUUAAAGAAUAUGAGGAUUUAGAGGCACUUAAAAUUGGGAGCAACUUCAAGACCAUAACAUUGACCCGUUAUUUUCAUGGUUGUGGACAUGCUGUGUAUAACGGCUCGAUUUAUUAUCACAAAGGAGGAUCUGAUCAAAUUAUAAAAUUUCCAUUCGAUGGGAAACAAGCCCAGCAUAUGAAAGUAGAAAAUGCUUUGCACAACAAUCGCAAUUACCUCUUCCAAAAUGCAAAGACAUAUUUUGACUUGACAGCUGAUAAAGAUGAACUUUGGGUAAUCUAUGCUUCAAGUCAUGAUGAAAACAUCGUUGUUGGCCAAAUUGAAAUUGAUGAAGACUCUUUCUCGAUUGUCCAGAAUAUCAAUACCACAUACCCAAAGUCAAAGGCUGGUAAUGCAUUCAUAGCACGUGGGAUUCUCUACCUCACAGAUACUAAGGACUCUAAAAUAGUUUUUGCACUUGAUUUGCUGAAAGACAAACAACUUGAUGUAAAUUUUGAUUUUAGAUCAUCCAAUGAUACGCUUACAAUGGUUUCCUAUGAUCCCUAUGAUCACACUUUAUAUACAUGGGAAAACGGCUACUUAAAGAAAUAUGGUCUUCAUUUUUUAUUAGCUGAAUAAAUGCUAAUUAUUUUACAAUAGGGAGCACUUAUUCAUGCAUAUGCAACUGAUAAAGCCACUAACCUUUAAUAUAAUCUCAAGUUGAAAUGAUUUUUGUUUAAAUGCAGUAGAAUAUUUGUUUUCAUUUUUUACUUUGUGUUUGUGCAGAACACUAUCUAACAUCAUGUAUAGAAAAUUCAACUUGUACAUUGCAUUGUAUUAUAUUUUAAAGCAUUUUGUAACGUCCUCCUUUCAAUUCAUGUUUAAAGGGUAAAGUCAUCAUAGUACUACUGGACGGAGGGCUCCUUUCUCCUUCGAGAGAGAUGACUAAUAGACGUUCACCCUGAGAGUUACCACACCUCACAUAAGGGGAAAAGUUAAGGAGAGUCCUUCAUGAUAACCUCAGCCAGUGUAGGAAUUGCACCUGUGCAGUUGUUGAUACACUGCAAACUGCACAGUAAGCCAACUGUGUUAACCAAACCACCACUCAAUUGGGGGCUUAGAGAUCUGGACAAUGUCAAAUUGGUUUUACUAAAGUUUUCUCAAUAGCCAACUAUGUAUAGGUUACAUUUAUACUGUAGCUUUAGUGUAACUGAGGUAGUUUCCAUUUAGAAGUGACACUGAGGUUAUAGAGCAACUCUGGGUUCAGGUGCUGCUGGAGAGGAGUGGUGACAGAUCUCUGGCCCUUUGCUGCAUUCUGCCCCACCUUGUGACUGCCCCACCCCAUGGUAAAUAAUUGCAAUACGUUGUUAAUUCUGGUAUAUAAAGUGGAGAAAGGGACCAUUUGACCACCUCCACAUUUUUCACCUUUCACAGACUUCAACAUGAAUUGUACUGAGUACAGAUACUCUCACCCACACUUUUAAGACUGGUAGCCACAUUAUGCUUGGGCUUAUUGACAAAUACCAAACAUUCCAGUUGCAUCUAAAGAACUCUACAAAAAUCUUUUUAGUAAAUUAUGACUGUAUGCAACGUGCAUGCAAGAUAGUAAAAGUAUAUAAAGAAAAGCACGCAUCUAAAAUAACAGUUCAGUUGCAUGCACUGUACAAAUUCAUUCAACUUUUGGUAAAACUGCAAACAUUUCCCAAUGUUACAUUCAAGUUUUAAUGUUGAACAAUUAAGCAGAUAACAUUGUGCAGUAUAUUGUAGAAUCAGUAAUGAAUCUUGCUGAAAAGAGAGAGACAUGACUCACGCUUUCUGUCUUGUACUUACCAGGAGAAACACAAGAAUGCUAAAUCUCAAUUGAUCCCAACAAUUUAUGCUGCAGGAGAAAAGGUAACUAACUGGUUGGCAAAUUGAUUCGGACUGUCCAAGGCAUUUGGAGAAAGCAAUUGAGAACUAAAAACUGUCACCCUCUGGUCUGAGAAGUGGCCUUUCUACCUUAAAAUUAUGCUGUGAAGGCAGAGUACCUCAAAAAUUUCAUGCUGCUGCUAUCUAGUGGCUACAUGAGUAAAUAAAUUGCGCAACAGCCAAGAGAAUGCAGAAUUUGCAGCUCUGCGGAAGUUUUCAUUCGAGCCGUGUGUCUCCCAACAGGGUCUUGAUGCAUAAUCAGUCUAGUGCUAUCAUCUCUUGUUCACUUGUACGUUACAAAAACCAUAUAGCUAUGCCUGUGGUUAGACUUUCUCUUUAUCACAACUGUAGGAUUGCCUUCUGAUGCCUGUGCCAUUGGCCAUUACAUUAAAUUCCCUGAACAGGAUACUGCUAUCAGUCCAAAAAGAAAUUCUGUUCAAACAUUGUUUCUGCACUUCAGCGCCAGUGGCCACCUACUUCAGCAUUGUUUCCAAGCAAUCAAUUAAUAACUUCCACCGGUUUUCCUAACAGGCAGAUUGCACACCAUUCAAAACUAACUCACAAUUGCAAAACCUAAUUGGAUGUGAUUCUGGAAUUGGAUAGCACUGCUGACCAAUCCUACAUGCUAACAGUUACACUAAUCACCAGCUUAAGCUAAUCAGUUGAGCUAGAAAUGCAGCUCACUUGUGCUUGCUAGAAAUGAUGUGCAUUUAUAGACAAGAAUCCAUUCUCUGCGAACAAAAAGAAUAUGUUUAAACUUUAUGUAUUUUUGAAUUAUCAGAGAGCAUGGGCAGCCUACAGCUGGCCACUUCCUUCUGCAUGAUAAUGAUUUGGCCAAUCAGGAAGUUGACUUGCCAACCAAUCAACAUUAUUUUUUCUUGGAGAAAUUUGGCAUUCUUGGAAUUGUCGAGUGUGAGACAAAACAAAAAUUUCAGCCUAAAUCUCUUUUCAGGAUUAUUCAAAAUCAACAUUGAACAUUAAGUGCCUCAAUAUAUGUAAUUAAAUAAUAUGUAAUUAUCUUAAAGGAUAAAGAGCUACAUCAACUACAUGCAAUAGAUAGAAUUUGCAUUACCAGAGGUUAAUAAAAUAUAAGUUAUAGUAACUGAACUUUUAAUUGCUUAACAUGCUAGCUGCAAGGUGUUAUUUAUUUAGU